CCGAACGAACAGUGGAGCCUCGAGGGCUGCGGCGUAGCGUAGAGUGCAGAGUCUGGAGUCGAGUGGAGGAUCUUUCGUGAUCUGGCGACAACACGUUUCGAGCUUUCGUCUGUCUCGGCGCUGCUGCCUGCGUCAGUGCGGUGCGUCUUCCGAGUCCCGACCUCUUGCGCAUUGUGUCUGCUUCUGCGAUUCUCACUCGCUUCUCCUCCGCUUUCUCGACGCGCGCGCCCUCGCUGUUCUUUUGCGAUUGUACUCGUGCUCUCUACCCACUUCCCCGGACCACGCACGCGGUGCCGAGGCCCAGGUCCAGAUGUCCACCCCAACUCGUGUGGCGCAUUCGCGUGCUCGAUCGAUUUAGGCUCCUCAGUGUGAAUUGCGCAGGGCCGAUUUGAGGGAGUUCAGUGCAUUUUGGCGGACGCUGCGAGAGCGCGGGUGAGGAAACUACUGCACGGACUUUUCAUUUCUGACAUCUUGCAGUCCCGAGUCGAAGGCCGAGAUCGAAAGAAAAGGCCUGUCAGGUUCGGAUCAGUGCGGACUGCUGUAGCUAGCGAUCAGUCCACCUUCUGAGCCUGCUCCUGCUGAGUCCUUGGGAUAGGCGAGACCGGACCAGCUCAGGCGACGAUAAGGCGCAGAUGACGGAAGGUGCCGCUGUUUGAAUGAGGACUCUGUUGAGUGACCUUUUUCAUCGAUCUUGGAGGCGACGGAAGCUUCGAGUUGGUAGUCGGGGGGGCUUGUCCGCUCUCCGCUUUUCGAGUUCGGACGAACAAUUUGCAGAUAGCGAAAGCUCCCGAAGCAGGAUGUCUUCUCCUGGGAAAUGGAACAAUUUCUUCCAAGUGAGGGUUUUUGGGCUUAGGAUGAAUUUAUGGUGCUCGGACAGUAAGGUUCCUCAGGGUUGCAUUGUAGACCGUCGUCAAGAUUCUCAGAUGACUCUGUCACUGCUCGAAAAGAAAGUGAAGCGGAAGUUAUGGAACAGGGUGAAACUUGGAGGCAGCUCGAAGAAACGGGAAGAUUUGUCGGACACUGUCCCUUUGCAGCUGGAAGCAGCUAGUUUAUGAGUUGCAGAUGAGCACCUUGCGUCCUCUUUGUAUAUUUAAAGCACAAACGAAACGAGAAUAGAGGAGGCAAGAUGUGACGUUGCGCCGGACGGGAAUUGAUUCUUAUUUUAACAAAUCCAACCUCUUGCUUCUAGAGAGAAGAUCGAUCAGCACCCGACUGGACAUAUACUCCUUGUGACGAGGUUUUGUAUGCUUCGAGUGUUAGGUCUGAGAGUCUGGAAGUGACACGCAUACUGUACUGCUACUUCCUAGCAUAAGAGUGACUACAGGUUGGGACGAGGUUUCGUAGGGCCACCGAGCUUAACACUGAUCCAACGACCUUCUGAGAAUCGGAUGCAAGCGAAGCUGAAUCUUUCUGUUGCUCUGAUCACGGAGAUUUCACAUUUGGUCAUCGCCUCAUCUGGAGCAAAUAGGUUGUAAGUCCCUGUCGAUAGUGCACUUCACAGGAAAUCCAGUUUUGGCUCCGCAUCUUUGGCGACUUUCGCUGUAUUGUACUAUAUUCAUAUCCUAAUUCAGUUUAAUUCUCUGAUACUUCUAGCAGCCUACAUGUUCCGAUGUCGGGCAUCUGAUGGUAGAUGUCUGUAAGCCGUUCUGCUUGCGAUGUCACAUCACUGCAAUGUUUUCACAUCAUUUUAUCCACCAGUCAACAAAUACACAAAAGUGGGUAUCGAACCCUUGCAAGGAGGACUAAACGAUCCUUGCUACUUUUAUAAUAGUUUUGUAUUGGUGGUAGAGCUGUUUUGCACAGGGUUUGCAGAGUAGAGUAUUGUCACAAUUGUCAGUUUUUACGGAGUUGAUUUGAAAAUUUCUGUAAGUCUAAGACGAAUAGACAACUGCGUGAAUACAAAUUAAGAUAGUCUUCCAGGGUGAGAAGCAAUGCGGGAUGCGGUCUCAACUGUUGCGUUAGCAAGUAUGAUAGGGGUCGAAUUGUUAGAAAAAUUGUGACAUGUCCACUUCAGUUGUCCUGAAAUAUUAUGAGUGUUUUUGG